UCUCAGCAGCACGUGGUGAAGAAAUCAGAGGACACAAAGUUUGCGUCAUUCGGAACAAAUUGUUUCACAAAAUGGAAAAGAAAGCUCAUAAAUUUGUUGCUUUACUUGCCAAGAAAUUUACUGAUGCUUGCCACAAAGACAUUGACCACUUGGAAGUUUUCAUGUUGGCAGUCAGCAACUUGAAGGAAGGAAGACUGAAAUCAGAACUGCAGGGGAAUUGUAGUAAAUACCAGGAAAAGUUUGAAAGUGAGUUACAAGGCCUUAAGGCAGAAGAUAGGAAGGUAGAAGUCAGCUCAGAUGACACCAGCUUUGUGACAAGAUGCCAUAGAGUGGCAGACAGACUCGAACACAUGAUGCUUAACAGUUCUGAGCUACAGCAGUGGGUAGAAACUGUGAAGAAGGAAGGUAACUCCAAACUAGACCACCCAGAGUUACGGGCCCUGUGUAGUUUGCUAUGCUGCAGAGAGGAUUACGUGUCUCUUGUUAACAGUAUGUUUCUGAUUCUGAGCAGUGUACAAGGUCACGUGGAGAGUUGUUUGGCAGACCAGGAUAGGGCCAGGGCUGUAAGGCUGCAGAGAGAACUACACACCAUUCUGACAUUCUUGUACAUCAAACAUGGGAAUCUGAAGGGUAAAAAGCACAUCCCAGGCAGGCAGAAAUAUGAAGACGUUCUUGCCUCGCUGCUCUCCCUUUAUGUUGAUCUUGUGCUCUUGACAUCUAGAUCAUCUGAGACACCUGUCAAAGUUAGUAAGGAGCUGUGUAGUUUUGUGUUUCUUUUGCUGUCACCAUGGCCAGCUCACGUUGUUGAUGUUCUGAUACAGAGUUCCCUCCCCUGCUCACCAGAUGUCACCACAGUUCUACCACUGGCAAGGAAAUGUUUGAAGUCCCCGCCAAUAAAACCUGACUGCAGGACUUACACAAAAUACGUGGUUUGUUUGCGAUCGAUAGUGUCAGCAUUAGGAGAGGAAGUGAAAGACAUCUGUCAGGUGGCCAAAUCUGUGAAAGCUCCAAAGUCUUACCUCAGCUGGCUGCGCGAGCAGAGAGAGGAUCUUCUAGACAACUUGCCGGAGGACCGAAAGUUCAAAGGGCGUGUCAUCACCCAAUUUCUACUUCAUGAAGCAGAUGAUGCUUUGAUUGAUGGGUUACUGGAUAUUUUGACUGAAGAGCUCCCUGAAGCAAGGGAAGCCACUGAACAAUCCGUGAGUGAUGACCUUACCAAGCAGAAGAGUUUGGCUGAAGAAACCCCAUCAGAGGAUAUGCCUCUGUUCUAUGUGGACAAGAAAGGAAAGGAUGAUAAGGGAAACCAGGGUGUGAAGAAUGGCAAUGAGGGUACGAUGGGAGAUAAAGAUGGUUCGGAGGUCAUCGAGGUCAUUGAAGUUGACCUCUCUGGUUUUGACAUGCAACCCAAUGAGGAUGCUUUGCUACAUUUGAAUGAAGACAGUGAUCUGGAUGAUGUUGACGAAGGCAAUGAUUUGGAUGACGUUGACAAAGGCCGUGAUUUGGAUGACAUUGAGGAAGGCAAUGAUUUGGAUGAUGAUAAUGAAAGCAAUGAUUUAGUGAUUGAUGAUGAUGAUAAUGAUGGUGAUGGUGCACUGGCGAUGAAAACGUAUCUUAAUGCAGCUGCUUGUGAUGUUGAUGAUGGUGAUGAAGACAGCGAUGUGGAAGUUAUAGACAUAGCUGAAAAUAAGGCUGAUGACAGCGAUAUGGAAGUUAUAGACAUAGCUGAAAAUAAGGCUGAUGACAGCGAUGUGGAAGUUAUAGACAUAGCUGAAAAUAAGGCUGAUGACAGCGAUGUGGAAGGUAUAGACAUAGCUGAAUAUAAGGCUGAUGACAGGGAUGUUAAAGGGGAUGAUGCAGAUGGCCUUGUGCAUAAAGAUAAUAAGGAUGUAGACAAUGCAGACUGUGAUUCUGAUGACAGUAAUGAUGAUGAUGAUGAUAAAGCUGAAACCCAGUCUAGUGAUGAAGAUACUGCUUCAAUCUGUUAUGAAGUUCAUCGAUAUUCACCUUCAUCCCACCAGUUUGGCACACUCCUUAAAUGGCGGUGCCUGUGAAACACUAUACACGAUGUAGGAAAGUUUGUCCGUUGAUUGCCAAAGACCAGUGGUUUAUUUCGGUCACUCUGGUGUACUUCACCUAUCAUUAAUAGUCUGACCGCUUUCCUGCAAGUGAAAUAUUCUUUAUUAUUUGAUUAUUGUGUUUUUUUAGUAAUACCAAUCAAUUU